AAACGUUGCACUGGGCGGUACCAGUAUACUGUACAGGGGUUUUCUAUAAUGAAGAGGCUGUUAUAGCGCCCUAGCUUGCCCUGAAAUCUUAAGAACGUUUAGGCUAUUGUAUAAAACGCUGAAUGGGUGUUUGGGUUUGCCAGUAGUCAGUAAUGUGCACUUGCCAUACACUGUGCUUUGGUAAAUGGUGUGGAUUAGAUGUGCUCUUAAAGUGGCACACCUGUUAUCAAACUCGGAGAUGAGCUGCACGGCUGAGGAAUAUUUUGUGCGAUGAGGUGGAGAGAAGAGACGUCCACAUAGGAGCUGAGCUGUGAAGAGGCCACAGGUGAGGAAGUUAUGGGUAACUCCGAGAGCCAGUACAGCAUCCAGGGCCCUAAGGGCACCAUCUUUCCUGGAAAGCACAAGCCACCCUCCCUGAAGCCACGCUUAUCUAAAGAUGAUGCCCUCUCUCCUCACUCAUGGUGGAAGAGUGCUCCGGUGGGCUCUGGUUACAAAGCACGGUGUGUCGGUCGCGGUUGCCUGUCCCCCCCUAAAAACCGUCAACCUUACUCCACCCGCAAUUAUGACUAUGUCACCAAGAGAGCUAGUCCUAGCUGGCAACGCUCCUCUGCCUGUGGGAUAAGGAAGCGGCAUCUCUCUGAUGAUUAUGAAGACAAUCCAUAUGGGGCGGAGAUGAACGGUAGUGCCUUAAAUGGGAAGGAAAUUGAUGGGCAAGAAGAUCAGAGUAGUCCUCGUGUGGUCAUCAAGAAGGAUGGAAGUCUCAGGGUGGAGUUUACCAACAAUUCAGGGAACCCGCUUGUCCUGGAUGGUGCAAAUGGUCCAGUGCAACUUCUUAAAUUUUCCCCUAAUUUGGAACCACCUUCUACUCCCAAUUCUGGAGAUCCCAAUAUGAUUUGUAAUGGUCCACCUCCCGCGUCUACCUCCUCCACUGCCAGGACUAGCAAAGGCAGUUCUCUUAGCUCUGAUGGAUCCUGGUAUGAUUCACCAUGGGGGCCAGCAACAGAACUGUGCGAAACUGAGCAGCCUUGUCAAUCUAAUAGGGCACUAGACAACUCCCCUAUCCACCAGCUAGACUCCUUUAUUGAGCAACCUCCUCUGUCCAUCUCUGAUCUCUACCGGGAACCCACUAUGGCAGUUACAUUUCCUACAGCUAGAGACUUGACCUCUCAGUUAGAGUGCCCUCUUAUGGACCUGAGAGCACAACGAGCAUCCUUUGCAUCAGUGGUAGAUAUGCCUUUAGAGGAAGAGAGUACUGAAUCCAAGCAGUACUCCUCGUAUACGUUGCCUUGUCGCAGACCCAAAGCUCAUACAUUAAGUGAAGGGAUGGAACAGGAUAGGCAACUGCAGCAGGAACUCAGCGGGCAAGAGUUUGGCUUUUACAAGAAAGACUCCAUCAAGAACCGGAUUAGACGGUUUAGUGACUGGACAGGCAGCCUCAGCCGCAAGAAGAGAAAGUCCCAGGAUUCUGGCAGAUUCAACACUAGCGACACCUUUGACAGUGGCGUAGACGGUCUCACCACCGACACCUCUCCCUCCCAAGUCUCCAGCCUCUUGUGGUUCCCUGGAUCAUCUAGGACUCAAUCUUCAGGGGCCAUCCACCAAAACACCAAUGAUGCUGUGCGCCAGAACAUCUACGAGAACUUCAUGCGUGAGCUGGAGACCGGUAUGGGACAAGGAGCAGCAGAGCGACCCGACCCAUCCACGGGCACUGAGGAGGGAGAUAGUGAUAGUGAGUCAGCUGAGGGGUCCCUGGAGCAGCUGGAUCUCCUAUUUGAAAAGGAGCAGGGCAUGGUGAGGAGGGCGGGCUGGCUCUCCUUCAAACCCCUCGUCACGCUGCACAAAGACAGGAAGCUGGAGCUGGUCACACGCCGCAAGUGGAAGCAGUACUGGGUCACUCUAAAAGGCUGUGCACUGCUCUUUUAUGAGACCUAUGGUAAAGGUUCCCCUGAGCAGGACAUGUCGCCUCGUUAUGCUCUCCUGGCAGAAGAUAGUAUUGUCCAGGCUGUCCCCGAACACCCUAAAAAAGAGAACGUCUUCUGCCUCAGUAACUCAUAUGGAGACGUCUAUCUCUUCCAGGCCUCUAACCAGACAGACCUAGAGAACUGGGUGACUGCGGUCCACUCAGCCAGCGCGUCUCUUCUGGCCAAGCGUCAGGGUAAAGAGGACACAGUGCGUCUGCUGAGGAGCCAGUUGCGAGCUCUGCUUCAGAAGAUUGACAUGGACAGCAAGAUGAAGAAGAUGGCGGAACUGCAGCUGACCGUAGUCCACGACCCCAAGAAUCGCAAGGCUAUAGAGAACCAGAUUCAACAGUGGGAACAGAACUUGGAGAGGUUCAACAUGGACUUGUUCAGAAUGCGCUGCUAUCUGGCCAGUCUACAAGGAGGAGAGCUGCCCAAUCCAAAGAGUCUGCUGGCCAUAGCAAGUCGGCCCACCAAAACCACACUGGCUCGCCUGGGAAUCUUCUCUGUUUCGUCAUUCCAUGCAUUGAUUUGUUCCCGUGAUGAGGCCACUCUGAGGAGGCGUUCACUGUCCCUGACCUGUAGACAGCGUAAGAGAGGUCUGUUCUCCUCCCUCAAAGGCUUGGACAACCUGACGAGGAGAGGGCGAGAGAAGAGGCCGUCUGCAUCACAGAUCUUUGAUGGCGACUGCGUGGGUCAACCGUACAACCUCCCGCCAAGGAGCUCAGAGAGGCUGGACAUCCUGAGCAGCAUCUACUCAAUGUCACCCCCUGAAGGUGGAGUAUGGGACAGCGAGGCCGAUAUGGUCAUGUGCAUCUACAUGCCAGACAGUUUGACAGUUCAGAUUCCAGUCAGGAGAGACCAGACAGCGGCUGACCUUCUUUCCCUGGCAUGCAAGGUAAAACAGCUGGAUCAGAGUCUGCACUGCUUACGCCUGCAUAGAACAGCAGGACAGGAAGUGGAGGUCAGAAAUGUGUCACAUGAUGAGAUCCUGGACGACCUGGUCGGUGAUCAGCUAGAGGUGGUGCCUAUUAAUAUGUUUACUCUGCACAUGAGCAAGCCAAGCAGCGCGGCGGACUUCGGUUUUGCAGUUACGGGGCACAUAGAUGGACAGAAGAACAGCAGGAUCUUUGUCAGUGAGGUGCCUUCAGAUGGGCUGGCCUAUCGUCAAGGUCUACGUCCAGGUGAUGAAAUCCUGGUCCUAAAUGGUCAGUGCGUUUCUGGUCUGGACCUGUCUCUGAUCCAGACGCUUUUCUCUGAGCCGGACCUUCACCUCAGUCUCAGACGAGACAUACCAGAACUAUCACCUCCAUUCAAGCACAUCGCUCCUCCCUCCAGACAUGCGCCCAAGCAGCACCACCGGGCUAAAUCCUCCUCAGAUGUGCUCUGUGCAGCUGACGAUGGUGCUCCCAUCUGCGUAGAACUACAGAAUGGUCACUCCCACUGCGCACACAGGCCCAUACAGCACAGCAAGAGUGUAGAUACAGUGUGUACAUUAUACCAGCCACACCCUGAGGGAAUAGUAGGCCCCAUUGGUCUGAUGGAUGACCUUAAGCCACCUCCAGCACAGCAUGGUGAGAUGGCAUCAGCACCCAGGGGUGAGGCCACCCUGCUCCGGCCCUGUCCCAAACACAUGAGUGUCACCGAGAGGCUACGCAAGGUCAUCCAGGAGCUGGUGGACACAGAGAAGUCCUACGUGAAGGAUCUGACCUGUUUGUUCGAGAUCUACUUGAAACCUUUGCAAAGAGAAACCUUCUUGACGCUGGAUGAGAUGGAGAGCCUGUUUGGUAGCCUGCCCGAGAUGCUGGACUUCCAGAGGGUCUUCUUGCAGACGCUGGAGGAAAGGAUCGCCUCUUCACCUGAUUUCAGCACCCUGGAGACCCCCUCGCAGUUCAAGAAACUGCUCUUCUCUCUGGGGGGCUCCUUCCUUUACUACGCGGACCAUUUCAAGCUCUACAGUGGAUUCUGUGCCAAUCACAUCAAGGUUCAGAAGGUUCUAGAGAGAGCUAAGACCGAUCAGGCCUUUAAGGAGUUCUUGGAUGCUCGGAACCCCACUAAGCAGCACUCGUCCACCCUGGAGUCCUACCUGAUUAAACCAGUCCAGAGGGUCCUCAAGUACCCCCUGCUGCUCCGUGAGCUUGUGUCCCUCACAGAUGCAGACAGCGAGGAGCACUACCAUCUCUCCGAGGCCCUGAAAGCCAUGGAGAAAGUGGCCAGUCACAUCAACGAGAUGCAGAAGAUUUACGAGGAUUACGGAGCCGUGUUUGAUCAACUGGUGGCUGAGCAGAGCGGACAUGAUAAAGAGGUCGCAGAGAUCUCCAUGGGUGAAUUCCUCAUGCACUCAUCUGCAGUUUGGCUCAACCCACACCCUUCUCUGGGCCGAAUGAGGAAAGACCCUGAAAUGACUGUGUUUGUAUUCAAGAAAGCCGUCAUAUUGGUCUACCGGGAGAGCAACAAACUCAAGAAGAAGAUGGCAAACCCGCGAUUGGCACAUUCUCAUGGAGAUUCAGACCUGUUUAAAUUCCGGUGGCUCAUCCCUCUGUCAGCGCUGCAGGUCAGACUAGGAAAUACUGCAGGGACCGGCACGGAGAGCAGCUGUAUCUGGGAGCUCAUCCACUGCAGGUCUGAGGUGGAGGGGAGGCCCGAGACCGUCUUCCAACUGUGCAGCAGCAUGCCUGAGAGCAAGGUCAACAUCAUCAAGGUGAUCCGCUCCAUCCUAAGGGAGAACGUGCGCAGGAACAUGAGGUGUGAAGGAACGCUGGAGAGGAACUGUAAGGAGCGGCUGGCCCCUUUGCGUAACACCCUGCCCUCCUCCGCCCGCCUCGGUUCCUCCAGAGCCUCCUGGCGCUGUAAGAAGCCAACGGGCGACUUUUCCCAGACUGGGAACACAAAGGCCGGACCUGACUCCGACGAGGGCAGCCAGAGCAGUGGCACCUACAGCCUGUCCAGUGCCACUCCUCUGUCCACUCCUGCAGACACCACCAGCCCUCCAUCACAACAGAGCACACACCGAGCACCUGCCUCUACCUCUGUGAAGGAGUCUGACAUUUUAAGUGAUGAAGAUGACGACGGCUUCAGCGAGACCAGGAGAGACAGUGGAGGCAGCAGCUCGCCCGCAAGUGCCAUUGAGGCCCAGUUCAUCCAGCUCCAACUUUCUGAAGAGGCCAUCUUAAAAUGCAGCGCGGCCCCUCGCGUGCAGCCUGAGGGAGAGGGCGACACCCCAGAGAUCCAGCCCAAGCUCAAACAAGGACACUCCAGUGCGGUGAGGAGAAAGGGCAGCAGUGUGAGGAGGAACCGAGGGGCUUUGUUAAAUAUGAAGGAGCACAGCCGCUCUCUGGACAGCCAAACGGACACAGCACCAGCAGAUCACCUGAAUAUCUUAUUGGAGAGAGAGUUUAGCGUUCAGAGUCUAACAUCGGUCGUCAACGAAGACUGUUUUUAUGAGCAGAUGGAGAACUGUGCAGCAGAAUGCAGAAAUGUCAUGUCAUCAUAGAGACAAAAUGGAGCAUAUCUAUUCAUUUGUGUCUGAGCCUUUUAUUAAAGCUAUACAGACAAAAAGGUUCUGACUGAGCUGUUAUAUCAGCCAUGAUAACAAAUGUAAUGACAGCCAUGCAUUUGCUGAGCACUAAAUCACAGGUUUUCUUUGGAUUUCAAAACAAAGAUACUGUUUUUCUUUCCUGUCAGGUGGGCCAAAUUGAAGUAAAAAUCAUUCUCGCAGCUCAGGUUUGGUACAGUUUUACUUGAUCAUCUAUGCUGCAUGUGAGAAAGAAUAACAAGCAUCCAUAGAACAGGAAUCAGACUUUCACACUCAAGCUGGGAGUGGCCAAGUUAGAACAGGAAGAACAUGGGGACUGUGAGAACCAAGCCUUUUGCUGUAUUGUGCACUAAAAUACACUGUUUGCCUAUAUAACUGAAAAGUAUCUGUACAGGUGUAAUGUAAUUUUUAUUUAUUUAUAGGUCCUGUACAUUAGUAACGCUUUAGGAGAAGGCUUGAACUGAUGCAGAGUUUUACAAAAAUCUUUAUACAGAUUUCUUCACGUUUUGCUGUUGAUUUCAAUGUAUACAAUCUUAUAUGAUGGUUUAUUCUGCCUCCUCUUAUUAUUGUCUUGUAAAUAUUUUGUACUUUCAAAAUACUUUUCUACACAUUUGACACUGUAAAAAAGAUUCUUCCAAAGCAAUAACUUGCAAUAACUACAGUAGAUUGUUCUAAAUACUUGUUUGCCUUAAGAGUAAGGUACUACAAAAAGCUGUUACUAAAAUAGACCUUUGAAAGUAAUUCUUCUCAACUUUACUAUGCCUUUGAUGCUAGCAAACCAAGGAAUGUGAAUGCCUCUUUCCUAUCAAGCUAUUUUAUUAAUAAAC